UUGGAUACCCGAGAAUUUUAGUGGAUUUUUGUUUUUUUAACAGUCAUUGCUCAAAAAUGAUAAUGAUUUCAAAUUAAUGUUAUAAAUGAUUGACCUAUUUAAAGCUCCAAUUACACCACAUUAGAUAUUCAUCUUUGACAUUUUUGUGUUUGGAAAGUAUUGCAUAUUUUGUGUUUUUACCAUAAAAACGUGUUCUCUUUAAUAAAAAGGCAAAAAAAAAAAAAAUCUAACUUUAAAUGGACAGAUCUGAAGUUGAUCUAGGAGAUUUAAGUGUUGUAAAUAAAAAUAAAAAGACUUAUUUUUAACAUUUUUGUGACUGAGACCUUUCUGGGACCAAACUUGAGGGGAGCGUUAAAGGUUAACACAAAUAUAGAUAUUGUAUUGGUUUUGAAAACAAGAAAUAUCAAAAUGCCUGCUUUGAUUUGUCAGUGUGCGGCCCUCAGGGUAAAAGCCCUGCUUUAAUGAGUUAUUUUUCUAAGUCCAUCAUCCAUUUUCUACCGCUUGUCCCUUUUGGGGUCACUGGAGCCUAUCUCAGCAGCAUUCGAGCGGUAGGCGGGGUACACCCUGGACAAGUCGCCACCUCAUCACAGUCAUUUUUUUUUAUAAGUGAUAACAAGAAAGGGACAAGCGGUAAAAAAAAAUGGAUGGAUGGAAGUUGAUUAGGCCUCUUUCUUGCAAUGAUUGUGUUGCCCAGCCAGCUGUGCAUCAAGCCCCGCCCACUGCCAGACGGACAACCUCGCCAUCCAAUGGCAGCGUGUGUCUAAGUAGCCCCGCCCUUUUUACGGACCCCCACAGAAGCGGCGGGAGGGGCGACGUCCGGCUGUAAGCUAGCAACGACCGAAGCUUCUCAUGUUGGCUAGCCGGGCAAGAGACGCUGUUUGCCGGCGAGCUGAGAGCAGAGAGCCGAGAGCCCCCACCGCAACGUAGCCAAGUACCUGAGCUGUGAUGUCGACGCCGAGCUGAGCCCACGCCGGGAUACGCUGCUUCCUCCGUGCGUGUGGCUGCCUCGUUGUGCGGCUUUGGCGGCCAAACGACCGCCAUGGCAUCUACUCUCUCCUCCCCCGCUGAGGUGAACAUGUCUCCGGGGAGCGAGCAGCGAGGCUCCCCCUGGAUGGCUCCUAAUUGGGCCCAAUGAACCCACCUGGAGCUAAUGAUAUCCCGCCAGAGGAGCACCGAGGUCCCCGGUGUCUUGGAUUGAUUUUCCCUCGGAUGAACGCACAUUUAGAAUGCAUGUUUGUCACGGUUACGUGUUUAAAUGUAAAAGAGUGUUUUUGAGCCAACGACCAUGUCCAGAUCCAAUAGCGUGAGCCCCCCCGGUGCCGGCGGGCCCGAGCACAGGUCGGCCUGGGGGGAGUCCGAGUCGGCGGUGAACGGUCGUCCGUACUCGGCCAGGCGGCUGACCCGCGCCAACAGCCGCUGGAAGGACGACGAUGACCCGGACCGCCGCCGGCCGGUGCCGACCACCGUCAGCCGGGUCAGCUUCCGCUCCCGCUCGGCGUGGCAGGAGCACGGCGAGGAGCUGCGAGCCAAGUCGGCGGCGGAGGAGGAGGAGCGGCGGCAGGACGCGGAGGUGGCCGAGCUCAGGCUCUCUGCGGCGGCCUGCUGGAGCGGCGUCAUGCGCGUCUUCAGCUCCAAGAAGUUCCGCUCCGACAACCUGGAGCGGCUGUACCAGCGCUACUUCUUCCGCCUCAACCAGAGCAGCCUGACCAUGCUGAUGGCGGUGCUGGUCCUGGUCUUCACCGUCAUGCUGGUCUUCCACUGCUCGGCUGGGACGCCCAGCCCCAGCGUGCCCUACGUGGUGGUCUUCUCCGGGGCCAUCUUCCUGACGCUGGCCCUCAUGGUGGCGUGCAACCGCAGCGGCUUCCAUCAGGACCACAUGUGGCUGGUCUGCUACAUGCUCAUCCUGCUGGUCCUGGUGGUGCAGGUGGUGGGCGUGCUGCUGGUCCGGCCCCGCAGCGCCUCUGAGGGCAUCUGGUGGACGGUCUUCUUCAUCCACGUCGUCUACACGCUGCUGCCCGUCAGGAUGCGAGCUGCCGUCGUCACCGGCCUGCUGCUGUCCGCCGUGCACGUGGCCCUCUCCUGGAUGCAGAACGCCCUGGACCCCUUCCUCUGGAAGCAGGUGGUGUCCAACAUGCUGAUCUUCUCGUGCAGCAACAUGGUGGGUGUGUGCACUCACUACCCUGCUGAGGGCUCCCAGAGGCAGGCCUUCCAGGAGACCAGAGAGUGCAUCCAGGCGCGCCUGCACUCUCAGAGGGAGAACCAGCAGCAGGAACGUCUGCUGCUCUCCGUGCUUCCUCGCCACGUCGCCAUGGAGAUGAAGGCCGACAUCAACGCCAAGCAGGAGGACAUGAUGUUCCACAAGAUCUACAUCCAGAAGCACGACAACGUCAGCAUUCUGUUUGCUGACAUCGAAGGUUUCACCAGCCUGGCGUCUCAGUGCACGGCUCAGGAGCUGGUGAUGACGCUCAAUGAACUCUUUGCUCGCUUUGACAAGCUGGCGGCGGAGAACCACUGCCUGCGCAUCAAGAUCCUGGGCGACUGCUACUACUGCGUGUCCGGCCUGCCUGAGCCCCGCGCUGACCACGCCCACUGCUGCGUGGAGAUGGGCUUGGACAUGAUCGAAGCCAUCUCGCUGGUGCGGGAGGUGACGGGCGUCAACGUCAACAUGCGCGUGGGCAUCCACAGCGGCCGCGUGCACUGCGGCGUGCUGGGCCUCAGGAAGUGGCAGUUUGACGUCUGGUCCAACGACGUGACUCUGGCCAAUCAGAUGGAGGCUGGCGGCGAGGCGGGGCGCAUCCACAUCACCCAGGCCACGCUCGGCUACCUCAACGGCGACUACCACGUGGAGGCGGGCACGGGAGGCGAGAGGAACGCCUACCUGAAGAGGAACCACAUCGAGACCUUCCUCAUCGUGGGCUGCAGCCAGAAACGGAAAGAAGAGAAGGCCAUGAUGGCCAAGAUGACUCGCCAGAGGACCAACUCAGUCAAUCACAACUGGACGGACAGAACCUUCUACAACCACCUGGCCAACAACCAGGUGUCCAAGGAGAUGAAGAGGAUGGGCUUCGAGGACCCCAAGGACAAACAGACAGAAGACAAGGUGAAGGCGGAGGAUGAGGUGGAUGAGUUCUUGGCACGUGCUAUAGACGCUCGCAGCAUCGACCGCCUGCGCUCAGAACAUGUCAAGAAGUUCCUGCUCACCUUCAGGGAACCUGACCUGGAGAAGAAGUAUUCCAGACAGGUGGACUCUCGCUUGGGGGCGUCCAUGUUGUGUUCUUCUCUGGUCUUCCUCUUCAUCUUCUGCAUCCACAUGCUCCUCAUGCCCUGGUCCAGCCUGAUGAUGGGCUCCUUCCUGGCGUGUCUGCUCAUCCUCACGCUGCUGAUCUUGUUGUCCUCGGUCUACAGCUGCUAUGGGGUCUUCCCGGCCCCCCUGCAGACCCUGUCCAGGAGGAUGGUGCGGUCCCGACUGAACAGCACCCUGCUGGGCGUGGUCACCAUCCUGGUGGUCUUCCUCUCGGCCUUCGUCAACAUCUUCACCUGCAGCGGCCGCGACCUGCGCAGCUGCAUAGGGGCGGAGCUUAACAUCAGCCUGGACGCCGUCAACGCCUGCCACGCCCACUUUCUCAACUACACCCUGGACCCGCCGCGCAGCCCCUGUGGUGACCACGCCCCCUUCUGCAGCUUCCCUGAGUACGUGUCAUGGUGUGUGCUGCUCAGCCUGCUGGCAUCUUCAGUCUUCCUGCAGGUGAGCAGCAUGGGAAAACUCUUCCUCAUGCUCCUCAUACACCUCAUCUACCUGCUGCUGGUGCAACUCCCUCGACUCUCUCUCAUGGACAACCACGACCUGCUGGUCAUGGCCAACUCUGCACGCACACUAGAGCACCUGAAUGGAACAAGCUGCAUGGUGGACUCCAAGGUCCCCCUAAAGGUCAUGACCCCUGUGGUCAUCACGGUCUUCGUGCUGGCUCUUUACCUGCACGGCCAGCAGGUGGAGUCCACGGCCAGACUGGACUUCCUGUGGAAGCUACAGGCGACGGAGGAGAAGGAGGAGAUGGAGGAGCUGCAGGCCUACAACCGCCGGCUGCUGCACAACAUCCUCCCCAAAGACGUGGCGGCUCACUUCCUGCAGCGAGAGCGUCGUAAUGACGAGUUGUACUAUCAGUGGUGCGAGUGUGUGGCCGUCAUGUUCGCCUCCAUCAGCAACUUCUCAGAGUUCUACGUGGAGCUGGAGGCCAACAACGAGGGCGUGGAAUGUCUGCGCCUCCUCAACGAGAUCAUCGCCGACUUUGACGAGAUCAUCAGCGAGGAGCGCUUCCGCCAACUGGAGAAGAUCAAAACCAUCGGCUCCACCUACAUGGCGGCGUCGGGCCUGAACGAGUCCACGUACGACAAGGCGGGCCGCUCGCACAUCCGCGCCCUGGCCGACUACGCCAUGAGGCUGAUGGAGCAGAUGCAGCACAUCAACCAACAUUCCUUCAACAACUUCAAGAUGAAGAUAGGUCUCAACAUGGGCCCCGUGGUUGCCGGGGUGAUCGGAGCCAGGAAGCCUCAGUACGACAUUUGGGGGAACACGGUCAACGUGGCCAGUCGCAUGGACAGCACCGGGGUGCCGGAGAGGAUCCAGGUGACGGCGGACCUGCAGCAGGUGCUGACGUCCUACAACUACCGCCUGGAGUACCGAGGUGUGGUCACGGUCAAAGGCAAAGGAGACAUGAUGACUUACUUCCUCAUCAGCGGGCCCUCCGCCAGCUAGCGCACAUCUAAGACCGUCCUGGUCCUGGUCCUGGUCCUGGUCCUAGUCCUGGUCCGGAGCGACAGGAAGCAGAAGAAGCCAGCCAAGCGUGGAUCACGUCUGGAGACCAAAGUUUGAAGGUCUUGUGGGCUUGUGAGAGGAGCGCUAGACCCUGAACUAAGGGGCGGAGUCAGUGGGAGGAGCCUAAAGGCACUAAAGGAUGUCAAGAGUUACAUUUUCUAAUUUUCUAAGCAGCAGAUUUAUAUUUUGUACAAAUGUUUAUGCUUUGGAAAGAAAAGUGAAUGUUCCUUCAACUCACUAAACAUCUUUCACUCUG